UCCCCGCGCACCCCCGCCCUUCGCCGCCGCUGCCAUUGGGAGCCGAGCAGCGCCGAGCCCAGCCGAACCGUGCCGAGCCCAGGCAGCCGCCGGUCCCGCUCCGCCGCCAUCGCCAUGAGCUUCUUGUUUGGUAGUCGCUCUUCCAAAACCUUCAAACCAAAGAAGAAUAUUCCAGAGGGGUCUCACCAGUACGAGCUGCUCAAACAUGCUGAAGCCACGCUGGGCAGCGGGAACCUGCGGAUGGCUGUCAUGCUGCCAGAGGGUGAAGACUUAAAUGAAUGGGUUGCAGUUAACACUGUCGACUUCUUCAACCAGAUCAACAUGCUUUAUGGGACCAUCACAGACUUCUGCACAGAGGAGAGCUGCCCUGUCAUGUCUGCUGGCCCAAAAUAUGAGUACCACUGGGCAGAUGGGACAAACAUAAAGAAACCAAUUAAGUGCUCUGCACCAAAGUACAUUGAUUACCUGAUGACUUGGGUCCAGGAUCAGCUGGAUGAUGAAACGCUUUUUCCUUCUAAAAUAGGUGUACCAUUCCCAAAGAAUUUCAUGUCAGUGGCAAAGACAAUUUUAAAACGUCUCUUCAGAGUUUAUGCUCACAUUUAUCACCAGCACUUUGACCCAGUGAUCCAGCUACAGGAAGAGGCACAUCUUAACACUUCUUUCAAGCACUUUAUAUUUUUUGUUCAGGAAUUCAACCUUAUUGAUAGAAGAGAACUUGCACCACUUCAAGAACUGAUUGAAAAACUCACCUCUAAGGACAGAUAAAAGGAAGAGGAUUUCUUGAUGUCAUUUAUUUCUUUAAGCAAGCGUGUGGUAUUUGUUUUAUACGUGUUAUUUUUUUUUCCAAAAACAAAACAAAACAAAACCCUGUGCUGUUACUAAUGACAGCAAAGAUCUACUUUCUGUGCUUUUGUUAGGGGAAAUCUUUUACCUGUUAGUGACACGCAGUAAAUAGCCUUUUUUUUUUCUUUUCUUUUUUUUUUUUUUUUUUUCCUUUAUGGUAUUGUUACUCAUUGUGGAAUUUUAGGAGGUGCUGAGUGUUUGUCUGGGAAACAUGCUUGGUUGGGGGAUUGACUUUGCUGGUGGAUGGGUUCUUGUGUUGUGUCAGUGGUAGCCCAUUCUCAUCAAGUCCCUAAAAGACUUGCUUACAUUCUCUUAAGUGCCUUGGCAGACUCACUUCUGAGGUGCAAAGCACAUACAGUACUGAACAUUGCUGGAAACAGUAUGAACUAACACCCAGGACACUUACUGAUACUUGUUUUAGAAAGUUAUAUAUAUAUGCUUACACUUAAAAAAAAAAAAAAAGCCAUAACUUACUGAAAUCAAUGAUCUCCAGCUUUUAAUACAAAUAUUUCUUAUUUUUUUAGAGAUUAAUAGAGAAUUUUUCAAAAGUAGAUAUUUCUUAUAGAGAAAAGGGAUGGUGAAGUUCCAGUCACUAGAGUGAAACGACAAAGGUGGUGUCAGAAUUCUAAAGAAACUGUGCUUAGAAGGUGGUUACCAGUCUGUUGCCAUUGCUUUUGCCUUCUCAUAGUUGCUUUUAUUUUUUUAAUGGGGAAUCAUCAACUUGGGACAGUGAUUUCUGUUACAUUUCCUAGCAUUUGCCAAAUGAGUGGUUAGUUUGCACAACUAGAGUUAGGGAAAAUAUUCAGUAUAAAAAAAAAAAUGCACCAAGGUGAUGCUGAGAAAAAAAUCUGGCUUGAAAACUAACUGGUGAAAUGAGGUUUGUAAGGAAUAGAAAGCCUGGCUCUUUGGAGGAGCUCUGGUGACCAGUGUCUUCUGUGGCAGGGAAUGUAUUUCAGAGGGAAUAUAACUUCCUGGACCACUCUGGAUUUACAUUAGUGGGAUGGUGCUUACCCCAGCUCAUCUCCAAGGGACUAGAGCAGUUUGGAAGAGUCAGAGGGACAUACUGGUGAGUUUUGAGUGGCUUGUAAUUUGCUCAGUUGCAUCUUCUAUUCCUGAGAGAACCAAACCAAACUGUGGCCUUCCUCCACCUGGGUUGGUGUCUGUGCUUCUCUAGCCUUGCCUUCUCUCAGAGCAGUGAGAAACAGUGCCCUGGCACUUGCUGCUGCAGCUGCAUCAGUCCUAGUGCCCAUUGAAGGAGCCCUGAUGGCUUGGCUCAUCUCUUCAUCUGUGCAUCUGCUCCAUGCCAUUGCAUUUGGGGUCUGCAGUGUGUGAUCCUGGGGGGUUUAGUGGUGCCAGGCUUUGCUUGAGUGUGACUCUGCAAAAACAUCAGGUUUGGACCUGAAUAACAUGGAGGCCUUAACUGAUCUGUGUGUGCUAGAAAGACUCCUGAAGCUCUGAAAUUCACAGCUGAAGCCACAGUUAGCAUGAGACAGAAAAGCUGAGCUUACAUUUUGUGUACCUUUGCUUGACUGAAAAUGCUGAGUGAGGUGGAAAAUACUGCUCCACAGCCUGCAAAAUAGAGAUCUGGGCAUUAGUGUGGGCAGCUAAUAAGCAUCUAAGCACAGUAAGAAACAUAUACUAAGUUGGGAGACUAGAAUCACAGCUUCUGAGCUGAAACCAGGUAUUUCAGGAGCAUUUGGAGGUUCUUUUCAGGACUGUGUUACUCUCAGUGCAGUUAGAUUUCCUGGUCUGUUUAAGCUCCUUUCUUUUGUCUGUUUUCACCAACCUUCAACAACCAGUUUAAGAAAAGGUGGAGUGUAAGAUCUUAUCCCUUCUCAGCCAGAAAGGAUCUUGACUCUCCUGUGUGUGUAAAUGUGGGAGGAGAAGAGAGGAGAUGCUCCAUAUCUGUCACCUCUUCAGGGAGUUGGGGGUUGGAAAAAUAUCCACCAAGGCAUAAGAAAAUCAGAGGCAAAAUCAAAGAGGAAGCAGGAGCACAAUUUCCUUUGCUUUGGCAAGUUGUAGCUGCAGGGUUCACCCCAAAGCUUCUGUCAGCCCUGCUGUUAGUAGGGUAUGUCUGCUCUGGUAGGUGCUGGAUUUCCCUGUGCAGUUCUCCAAGAUGCUGCUCUCUGGAGUCAAAUCCCAGGCUGGGAAGGAAGAAGGAGCAGGAUAUCCCAUGUGUUGGACUGAGCAAGUACCAUCCUGUGGAAUAACUGUAGGAGGAGUGUUCCUUCUGUCCCCUGGUGCAGAGGUGUGUGAGGAGGCAGUGCUUGCCUGGACACUGCAUUGCUGGGGGGCUGGCAGCUGCAGGACUUGGUGUCCCAUCUGAGGUGACAGUGGUAGCUGUGGGUGCAGGCUAGGAGAGCUUUCUUACUUCAGGAUGGAAAAUCAGUCUUAGAGGAGCAGUCAGCCCCUGCCUGACUGUCCCAAAGCAGCUGAACUCCCAGAUUUGAACUGCACAGGCUCCAGGAAGCUGAAGUUAAGAAUCUUGCACACAGCCUUUUUGUGUGGGCUUCUGGUUGAGGAGCCCUUAAUGACUGAACAUUUCCAGCUGCAGAGAAGUGAAGAGUGCUGCAGGUGCAGUUUGAUAUCAGAAAUUGUGUAAACUUCCCAAUGAAAGCCCUGGGUGCUGCUGGAGAGGAGCCUUUCAGCCAGGGCUGGAGCUCCUCUCACCCAGUGGCAGCACAGCAGGAGAGGGAGAACAGCAGCAGCCUCCUCCUCCUUUAGGUUUAAAGCUGUCUUGGUUUGGUGCCAGGUACCAAAAAAAAAACAAAAAAACAAA